AUGCAUGACCUCCUCGUCGCAGAGAAGCCUACGGCAGUGAUCGUAGCAGAAGCCAACACGACAAAGUCCUCGCCCACUCUCUUUGGCCAGGUGGUCGUUGUGGAUGACCCCCUGACCGAAGGGCCGGAGCUUACAUCACAAGUUAUUGGUAAGGCGCAAGGCCUGUAUGCUCCCUCGUCCCAAAGUGAGAUCAGUCUGUUCGAAGCCGUCAAUUUCGUAUUCACAGAUGGCAAGUUCAAUGGUAGUACUCUCACUGUCAUGGGAAGGAACACAAUUUUGCAUACGGUGAGAGAGCUGUCGAUUAUUGGAGGUAGUGGAACCUUCCGCCUCGCUCAUGGCUACAUUCUUAAACAAACCUACUCCUUAGAUACAACAACUGGGAAUGCUGUACUCUACUACAAUGUAACCGUUAUCCACUACUGA